AGAGUCCUAAAGACAAAAACGAUCAACUGAGGAGUGGCAACAUGAAAGGAUUUAUACCCGCCAGUCAAGCUCUUGGUAUGGCGAUAGACAGAGCGAAGAGCAUAGCGAGCGGGAAUUAUUACCCACCUCCCUGGAAAGCAACUACUACUACAGGAACAACUACGAAAAUAAUAGAGCAAAGCGCCGAACCUAGCCAAGGCGAUGUAUCACAAAUGGCAGCACAAAUUAUGGCAAAGAAUCCAUUUGAAAAACAACCAGAUAUAAUGGCGAAUUCACAACCGAAUUAUGCAGAGAACCAGUAUCAACAGUAUCCUGAUUAUAGUGGAAACCAACAGGGUUAUGGACAGACAGGUCCCUAUCAACAAUAUCAUGAUGACAUGGGAACACCGCGAGGAUAUCAAUCGCCAGAAUCCUAUCAGGAUUAUGGGAAUGCUAUGGGUCCGCCGCAAAUGCAAAAUCAGGGUAAUACUUAUCAAGAAUAUCCUGAAGUGAUGGGGAAUUAUCAAGGCAAUCCGAAUCAACAACCAUAUCAACAUAAUGCAGCUAUGAGCGGUCCGCAAGAAGUCAAUGGGAUGUUGAAUUAUAAUGGGCAAUAUUCUCAACAACCACCACAGACCCUGAGAACAACUGGCAACCAGGAACAGAUGAGCAGCAUUUAUCAGCAGCAACCGCCCCAUAUCUUACGAACAAACGACGAUCAAGAACGAUAUGCAUCCAAACCGGUUAGUUUUGCCAAGCAAGAUUUUGCCCAAGUAAUGGAACCAUUAACAACACCUGCUCCAAUAAAGAUGCUAUCGAAAAUACCGCUGUACGCCCCGGGGUCGUCAGGGGAGCAGCGUUGGAGGCAGAAAAUGGGAUAUAGAAACGAUCCUUCAUGGCCGAAAAAUGCGAGAGAUGUAAGAAAUGUUGCUUAA